GACAGUGGGUGGGCUUUGGGUGUAUAGAGAUGCACUGAGGACUAGGAUCCUGCCCAGUGCUGGGGGCGGGGGAGAAGUUACAGUGGCAAAGCAGGAAAGGUGGAUUUACCUGUCGUUUAACACACAUACCCAAGGGCAGGAUGAAUUCCCAUGAAGAGCAGCCUCAGUCAGAUGCAGCUACUGCUGCUGCUACCCCAUCUUCCACCGAUGAUGAUGAUGGGAUGACCUGGUGGUACAAGUGGUUAUGCAGACUGGCUGGCAUCAUUGGGGGCAUCUCGUGUGCCUUUUCUGGCCUCUUUAACUGUGUGACCAUCCACCCUCUCAACAUCGCAGCUGGUGUUUGGAUGAUGUUGAAUGCCUUCGUCCUUUUCCUGUGCGAGGCCCCCUUCUGCUGCCAGUUCAUCGAGUUCGCAAACGCUGUGUCAGCAAGGGCAGACAAACUGCGCCCAUGGCAGAAAGGUGCCUUCUACUGCGGGAUGGCUAUAUUCCCAGUUAUACUGAGCCUGACUCUGACAACUUUAUUAGGCAAUGCCAUUGCCUUUGCGACGGGAGUGCUCUAUGGACUUUCAGCAUUAGGCAAAAAGGGAGACGCCAUCACGUACGCAAGGAUGCAGCAGUUUCAACGGAAGCAAACAAACGAAGAAGGGGUGACAGGAAGUGUCGAACCGCAGGCCGUGUGAUAUCGCCAUUCUUUUGAGGCCAGUCAUUCCCAUCUCGUUGAAAACCAAAGCUUGGGAAUUCACUCCAGCCUUACAAACUGGCCUUGGAACCCUGUGCUGUGAAACUCUUUCAAAACUUCUAAUUUCAAGCCGGAGAGUGCAAAAUGAAAACAUACUUUCCCCUUUGUCCCAGAACAUUUUUUUAAAAAAUCACAUUUAUGCAA